AUGGAGCCUGGAGCACUUCCGUUGCUCUGGUCCGUCGUCCCCUUAAUCAUCUUACUUGUCGUUAAAAUCUACACCUCGUCUCCAGCGGGAAAGCGGCUGCCGCCGGGACCAUGGCAGCUGCCGCUCGUAGGCAGCCUCCACCACUUCCUGCUGUCGCGCCACCGGGACCUGCCGCACCGUGCCCUGCAGGAGCUCUCUCGCAAGCACGGCCCGCUCAUGCUGCUCCACUUCGGCGCUGUACCCACGCUGGUCGUCUCCUCUGCCGAGGCCGCCAGGGAGGUUCUCAAGACGCACGAUGCCGCCUUCGCCAGCCGCCACCUCACGCCAACGUUGGACAUCUUCAGCCGUGGCGGCCAAGACAUCCUCUUCUCCCCUUACGGUGACCUCUGGCGCCAGCUCCGCCGCAUCUGCCUGCUCGAGCUCAUGAGCGCACGCCGCGUCCUGUCCUUCCGCCACAUCCGGGAAGACGAGGUCGCCGCCUUGAUCGGCUACAUCACUGACGAGUGCGCUCAUGGCGGCGGCUGCACUGUAGUUGAAAUCGGCCAGCUGAUCACACACACGGUCAAUGACAUCGUGGUGCGGUCGGCCGUCGGCGGCCGGUGCCCGCGGCGAGACGAGUUCCUGCACGUGCUCGACAAGUCUGUGAAGCUCGCCGGUGGCUUCAACCUGUCUGACCUCUACCCAUCGUCACCGCUGGCCCGCUGGCUCAGCGGCGCCCUCCGGGAGACCGAGCGGUGCAACCGCAAAGCGCGUGCCAUUAUGGACAAUUUCAUCCGCGAGCGCGUCGACGGUGCCGGCGAGAGCACGGAGGACCUUCUUGUGGUGCUGCUGAGGGUGCAGAAGGACGGCGGGGCGCAGUGCCCCCUCUCCCUCACCACCGACAUCAUCAUCACCGUGGUCCAGGAAAUGUUCGUAGCCGGGAGCGAGACCUCGUCGACGACGUUGGAAUGGGCCAUGUCGGAGCUGGUGAGGAACCCGCGCGUCCUCCACAAGGCCCAGGAGGAGGUGCGAGAGGAACUCCAUGGACGGAGCAAGCUAGCGGAGGGUGACCUCGCUGGUGGGCGGCUGAGCUACCUCAACUUGGUGAUCCGGGAGACGUUGCGGCUGCACGCGCCAUUGCCGUUCCUGUUGCCGCGGCAGUGCCGGGAGCCAUGCGAGGUGAUGGGAUACCACAUCCCCGAGGGUACAAAGGUUCUCGUGAAGGCCUGGGCCCUGGGCAGGUACGGCGCCUACUGGGAGGACGCCGAGGCGUUCAAGCCGGAGAGGUUCGAGGAGAGUAGUGCGGCCGCCAUGGACUUCAAGGGAGGCCACUUCGAGUACCUUCCCUUCGGGUCAGGCAGGAGGAUGUGCCCAGGCGUGGCGCUCGGCCUCGCCAACAUGGAGCUGCUGCUCGCCAGCCUUCUCUACCACUUCGACUGGGAGCUCCCCGGCGGCGGGAGACCGGAGGAGCUCGAUAUGUCUGAGGCGUUUGGCAUCGCCGUCAGCAGGAAGUCCAAGCUCGUCUUGCGUGCUACACAGUGUAUCCCAUUCACAAAUUAA